AUGAAUCUUCCAGAAGGGGACCUGAACGUGGACGCUCACUUGCCAGAUGCCGACGUAAAUCUGAAAGGACCAAAAAGUUCCGGCGGAUUCAACAUAAAAAUGCCGUCUUUCGGAAUCAAAGGUAAAGGUCCUAAGGUAGAAGGAGGCGUCGAUGCAGAUGUAUCUUUACCGAACGUAGAGGCUGAUCUGAACGCCGGCGUAUCGUUACCAAAAGGCGAAGUUGGAAUAAAAGGUGAAUUACCAGAUGCCGACAUCAACGUUCCGGAUGUCAACCUGAAAGGUCCGAAGGCAUCGGGAGGUUUCCACAUUGGCAUGCCAAAAUUUGGUGUGAAAGGAAAAGUACCCAAGGGCGACGUGGAUGUGGAUCUGCCGGAAGGAGGCGUAGACGUUAAUCUCCCGGAGGCUAAUUUGGAUCUAAAAGGUCCGAAAGGGGACCUGAACGUGGACGCUCACUUGCCAGAUGCCGACGUAAAUCUGAAAGGACCAAAAAGUUCCGGCGGAUUCAACAUAAAAAUGCCGUCUUUCGGAAUCAAAGGUAAAGGUCCUAAGGUAGAAGGAGGCGUCGAUGCAGAUGUAUCUUUACCGAACGUAGAGGCUGAUCUGAACGCCGGCCCGAAAGGUGAAAUUGAUAUGAAUCUUCCAGAAGGUGAUCUAAACGUAGACGCUCACUUGCCAGAUGCCGACGUGAACUUGAAAGGACCGAGUUCUGGCGGAUUCAACAUAAAAAUGCCAUCAUUCGGGCUGAAAGGACCCAAGAUAGAAGGAGUCGAUGCAGAUGUUUCGUUGCCAGAUCCGAAAGGUGAAAUUGAUAUGAAUCUUCCAGAAGGGGACCUGAACGUGGACGCUCACUUGCCAGAUGCCGACGUAAAUCUGAAAGGACCAAAAACUGAGGUUCCGGAUGUCAACCUGAAAGGUCCGAAGGCAUCGGGAGGUUUCCACAUUGGCAUGCCAAAAUUUGGUGUGAAAGGAAAAGUACCCAAGGGCGACGUGGAUGUGGAUCUGCCGGAAGGAGGCGUAGACGUUAAUCUCCCGGAGGCUAAUUUGGAUCUAAAAGGUCCGAAAGGUGAAUUGCCCGACGCCGACAUCAACGUUAAAGCUCCAAAAGGAAAAGGCGGUUUCCACUUCGGUCUACCGAAAUUUGGUAUCAAAGGACCAAAAAGUUCCGGCGGAUUCAACAUAAAAAUGCCGUCUUUCGGAAUCAAAGGUAAAGGUCCUAAGGUAGAAGGAGGCGUCGAUGCAGAUGUAUCUUUACCGAACGUAGAGGCUGAUCUGAACGCCGGCGUAUCGUUACCAAAAGGCGAAGUUGGAAUAAAAGGUGAAUUACCAGAUGCCGACAUCAACGUCAAAGCUCCAAAAGACGCUCACUUGCCAGAUGCCGACGUGAACUUGAAAGGACCGAGUUCUGGCGGAUUCAACAUAAAAAUGCCAUCAUUCGGGCUGAAAGGACCCAAGAUAGAAGGAGUCGAUGCAGAUGUUUCGUUGCCAGAUGUGGGUGUUAAAGGUGAAUUGCCUGACGCUGAUAUCGACCUGCAAGGAAAUAAGAAAGGUAUUCACAUUGGACUACCCAGUCUGCCUAAAGUCAGCUUGAAAGGAAAAGGCGUGAAAGGUGACGGCGAUGUUGAUAUUAAAUUACCAGGAGGAAGAUUGAACGUCGAUGCUGAACUUCCUAACGUGGACGUAAAAGCUCCUCAAGGUUCAGCUGGCCUCAACGUCAACCUACCGUCGUUGGAUGUUGAAGGA